AUGGCCACCAACGGUGUUAACGGUGCGAAGCACUACAACGAGGGAACCUUCCUCUUCACCUCCGAGUCCGUCGGUGAGGGUCACCCCGACAAGAUUGCCGAUCAGGUUUCCGAUGCCAUUCUCGAUGCCUGCUUGGCUGAGGACCCCCUCUCCAAGGUCGCUUGCGAGACCGCCACCAAGACUGGUAUGAUCAUGGUCUUCGGCGAGAUCACCACCAAGGCCAAGCUCGACUACCAGAAGGUUGUCCGCAACGCCAUCAAGGACAUCGGCUACGAUGACUCCUCCAAGGGCUUCGACUACAAGACCUGCAACCUCCUCGUCGCCAUUGAGGAGCAGUCUCCCGAUAUCGCUCAGGGUCUCCACCUUGACGACCGCCUCGAGAACCUCGGUGCCGGUGAUCAGGGUAUCAUGUUCGGCUAUGCCACCGACGAGACCCCCGAGCUCUUCCCCCUGACCCUCCUCUUCGCCCACAAGCUCAACGCCGCCAUGUCCGCUGCCCGCCGUGACGGCUCCCUCCCCUGGCUCCGCCCCGACACCAAGACCCAGGUCACCAUUGAGUACAAGCACGACAACGGCGCCGUCGUUCCCCUCCGCGUCGACACCGUCGUCGUCUCUGCUCAGCACGCUCCCGAGAUCACCACCGAGGAGCUCCGCAAGGAGAUCCUUGAGAAGAUCAUCAAGACCACCAUCCCCGCCAAGUACCUCGAUGAGAAGACCGUCUACCACAUCCAGCCUUCCGGUCUCUUCAUCAUCGGCGGUCCCCAGGGUGAUGCCGGUCUCACUGGCCGUAAGAUCAUCGUCGACACCUACGGUGGCUGGGGUGCUCACGGUGGUGGUGCCUUCUCCGGCAAGGACUUCUCCAAGGUCGACCGUUCCGCUGCCUACGUCGGCCGCUGGAUCGCCAAGUCCCUCGUUGCCGCCGGCCUUGCCCGCCGUGCCCUUGUCCAGCUCUCCUACGCCAUUGGUGUCGCUGAGCCCCUCUCCAUCUACGUCGAUACCUACGGCACCUCCGAGAAGACCUCUGAGGAGCUCGUCCAGAUCAUCCGCAACAACUUCGACCUCCGCCCCGGUGUCAUCGUCAAGGAGCUCGAUCUUGCCAAGCCCAUCUACCUCCAGACCGCUAAGAACGGCCACUUCGGCACCAACCAGACCUUCAGCUGGGAGAAGCCCAAGGCUCUCAAGUUCUAA